UCUCACUUUGUAUCUACAUGUCUGGGGCUGUACAUUUCAAUGACUCUUCUUGGCACAGCCCUUCCCACAUUAGCAAACCAUUGUCUGAUUCAGAGAGUGUCUUGUCUCACCCACAAAGUUUGAAGAAACAGACACAAUACUGCAAGUCUAAAAGAAGGCAAGAAGGGAAGAAGAACUGCUUCAAACUACUUUUCAGUAAAGCAUGAAUUCGAAAGUUGGGAUGAUUUUUGCUUGGCUUUUUCAUGCAGAGCUCUGGACUUUUACAUACACGCAAAAUAAUAUAAACUGGGAAAUUCAGCGCUAUGAUGGCUGGUAUAACAAUCUGGUUCAUCAUAGCAGAGGCUCUGCAGGUUCCAGACUUCUACGGCUCAUGCCGCCGGAAUAUUCCGAUGGAGUGUAUCAAGCAUUGAAGGAACCACAUCUUCCCAACCCAAGAGAAAUUAGCAAUGUUGCUAUGAAAGGACCUUCGGGGCAAUCAUCUCAACGGAACCGAACAGUCUUAGGAGUGUUUUUUGGAUAUCAUGUCAUGUCAGAAAUAUAUGACAUUGAGAAUCUAGGAUGUCCAGUUGAGUAUUUAAAUAUUGAAAUACCGGCUGGGGAUGAUACCUUUGAUCCAGACAGCACUGGAAAAAUUGUUAUCCCUUACCGACGAAGUAAAUGGUGUAAACACACUGGAAGCAGUCCAAAUAAUCCACGCUACCAAGUUAAUUCCGUAACAGCCUGGAUUGAUGGUAGUUCUAUAUAUGGACCCUCUCAUUCUUGGUCAGAUGCUUUGAGAAGCUUUUCUGGUGGAAAAUUGAAAUCUGGCUCAGACCCAAUGUUUCCUGAAGAAGCCAUGGAUAGGGUUCCUAUGUGGAAACCUGUCUACCCUUUCAAACAGUGGACAGAAAAUAUUGGAAUUUAUGGUUUUGGUUAUUACAAAGCCAAUGAAAACCCAUUCCUUCAAGCUGAAAGCAUUGUUUGGUUCAGAUACCAUAACUAUCUAGCUGAUGAAUUUGCUAAAAAUCAUUCACAGUGGACAGAUGAAGACUUAUUUCAUCAUGCUAGAAAAUGGGUGAUUGCUACCUACCAGAAUAUUGUAUUGUAUGAAUGGUUACCUGUGUUCCUUCAGAAGCAAGUGCCUCCAUACCAGGGUUAUAAUCAACACAUUGACUCCAGUCUUACCAAUGAAUUCCAAGUUGUUUUACAGUUCCUAUCGUCUUUAGUGCCACCAGGUAUUUAUGCCAGGGAUAAAUCGUGUCUGUUUCAGAACAUCACUGACUCAUCUGGUGGCAUUUGGCCAGUGUACCGUUUCUGCGACAACUACUGGAGAAGAAAGAAUCCUAAUCUACAGAAGGCGCAAGAUGUUGAUGCCUUGAUCUUUGGAAUGGCUUCUCAGAUUGCUGAAAAUGAAGAUAAUGUUGUGAUUGAAGAUUUACGAGAUUACUGGUAUGGGACUCUGAAAUAUUCCCGGACAGAUUACAUUUCGAACAGCAUUCAGCGAGGAAGAGACUUUGGACUUUGUUGUUAUAACAGUGCAAGAGAAUACUUUGGACUUGCGCCAAUUACAAAUUGGCAGGACAUCAAUCCGAAACUUUAUCAGAUAAAUGAGCAGAUGUUUGAUGCUUUAGCUCUAUUAUAUAACAAUGACACCAAUAAACUGGAGCUGCUUCCGGGAGCGCUUUUGGAGUGUUAUGGAGAUCCUGGAGAGCUGAUCAUGGCCAUUACAAUGAACCAGUUCCAACGAUUGCGAGAUGGAGACCGAUUUUGGUUUGAAAAUAAAAGAAAUGGAUUAUUUACUACAGAUGAAAUAGCAAAGAUUAAGAAUACUUCAUUCCAUGACGUCAUUUUAGCAGUUACCACUGCAGAAUUUGGAGAUAUCCAGGAGAAUGUAUUCACGUGGGUUGAUGGUGAUCCAUGUCCUCAGCCAAAGCAAUCAUCGUCUACAAUGGUACCACCUUGUGUUCCUCUCAUUAUCAUUGAUUACUUUGAAGGAAGUAUGAUUGGAUACAGCAGUCUCAUUGUGAUUAUUUGUGCUUUUCCUUUAGUUAGCUUAUUUAUUGCCUGGGUCGUUGCACAUUCUCGCAAAAAAGACUUUAAAAAGAUCCAAAGUAAGCAGGCUGCAACCAGUACGAAAAAGGUUCUGUCCGCUGAAGGAAUUGAAGCUCAAGAAUGGCAAGGACCAAAUGAACCACUGUGCCCUGUUCUCUUACAAAUCCUUUCACAACAUGUGAUCAGAAUUUUGGAUAAUAGAUUUACAGUAAUACGAACUAUUAAUAUGCAAAGCCAUCAGCUGUUCAAUGUCAUUCAGUCUAAUAAUCACGGAUGCCGUACACUGCUUGUUAAAGUGCCUAAUGAGUAUGAUAUGGUACUAUACUUUUACAAUGAAGAUAAAUGCACAAGUUUUAUCAAUCAAUUGCAAGAACAUGGAUUUUCCUUAAAGGAGAGCAGAAUGGCUGAGGAAAGCCUACUUAAAGAAACCGUCACAAAAAAGCAGAGAAGCCAGAUACUGGAAACUUUUUUCAGGCAAUCUUUUGCUCAAGUUCUUCACAUUGAUCAAUCAGGCAUUGAAAGUUUCACUGCAGAAAGCUCCUUGAAAGUCAGAGAGGCUCUUAAAUGUGAACUGACCAGAACAGAGUUUGCAGAUUCUCUGGGACUUAAGCCUCAGUCCUUGUUUGUGGAGUCAAUGUUCUCUUUGGCAGAUGAAGAUGGAAAUGGUUAUCUUUCAUUCAGAGAAUUUUUAAAUAUUUUAUUAAUUUUAAUGAAAGGUUCUCCUGAGGAAAAAUCUAAACUGAUGUUCACCAUGUAUGAUAUUGAUGGAAAUGGAUUUCUUUCAAAGGAGGAAUUUUUCACAAUGCUAAAAUCUUUGAUUGAAAUCUCUAACAACUGUCUUACAAAAGACCAAGCGGAGCAGGCGAUAGAAGUUAUGUUUAAGGAGGCAGGAUUUGAGAAUAAGAAUGAGUUGACUUGGGAAGAUUUCCAUUAUCUGCUAAGAGAUCAUGACAAAGAACUCCGCUUUUCAAAGCUGCAGUUUAAAGGCAUGGAUGGUUCACAGGUCUAUGACGCAAUGUGUAGGAGAGUAUCUGGUGUCGAAACAACGUGUAAUGUAAAAAAUUCAUCUAAUACUUUAGAAGAACAGCGCCUAUACACAGAGGCCAAAAAGGGAAAAUACCAAAGAAGCAAAGUGCAUAAAAAAAUACAGGAGUUUAAACGUUUUAUUGAGAAUUACCGGCGCCAUAUCAUCUGUGUAGUUAUAUUCUAUGGAAUUUCUGCAGGGCUGUUCAUAGAGAAAGCUUACCAUUACGCUGUUGAGUCACAGCACUCUGGCGUUGGUGAAGUAUCAUUACCAGGCAUCAUUAUAUCCCGAGGGGCAGCUGCAAGUAUCUCAUUUAUGUAUUCCUACAUACUGCUCACUAUGUGUCGCAAUCUCAUCACUUUUCUAAGAGAGACCUUCUUAAACCAAUAUAUUCCUUUUGACGCUGCAGUGGAUUUUCACAGACUUAUUGCAAAUACUGCUGUUAUAUUAGUAGUUCUUCAUAGUGCUGGCCAUGCAGUCAACAUUUAUAUGUUUUCCAUUACUCCUCUUAGUACCCUCUCCUGCCUGUUUCCCAAAGUUUUUGUAAAUGAUGGGUCUGAAAUUCCAUAUAAAUAUUACUGGUGGUUUUUCCAGUCAAUCCCAGGAUCUACUGGGAUUUUGCUGUUGGGUAUUCUAGCAUUAAUGUACGUUUUUGCUUCCCGACAUUUCCGACACAUCAGCUUCCGUGGCUUUUGGCUUACACAUCAUUUAUAUAUAUUGAUGUACAUUUUGAUUAUCCUCCAUAGCAGCUUUGGACUUCUUGAGCCACCAGGAUUUCACAUAUAUUUGUCAGUUCCUGGUAUUAUUUUUAUUGGAGACAAUUUAAUCAGCUUGAGCAGAAAGAAGAGAGAAAUCAAUGUAAUAAAAGCAGAAUUGCUUCCUUCAGAUGUCACUUACCUAAAGUUUGAGCGUCCUGAUGAUUUUGAAUACAAGUCAGGCCAAUGGGUUAGGAUUGCUUGCCUGUCUCUGGGGACACAUGAGUACCACCCAUUCACAUUAACCACUGCUCCACAUGAAGACACCCUGAGCUUGCAUAUAAGAGCUGCUGGACCCUGGACCACUCGACUGCGUGAACUAUACUCUCCUCAGAGUGUUGCUGAACUUAAUGGAUAUCCAAAGAUAUAUUUAGAUGGACCCUUUGGUGAAGGGCACCAAGAAUGGAACAAAUAUGAGGUUUCAGUACUAGUUGGAGGGGGUAUUGGAGUCACACCCUUUGCCGCCAUUCUUAAAGAUUUGGUGUUCAAAUCAUCCAUGAAUGCAAAGAUAAUGUGUAAAAAGAUAUAUUUUAUCUGGGUUACACGUACACAACGGCAGUUUGAGUGGCUUGCAGAAAUCAUUAGAGAAGUUGAGGAAAAUGAUGAACAUAACUUGGUGUCUGUUCACAUCUACAUCACCCAGUUUGCUGAAAAAUUUGACCUACGUACAACUAUGUUGUAUAUUUGUGAAAGACACUUCCAGAAGGUUCUGAACCGUAGCUUAUUCACAGGUUUACGAUCUAUCACUCAUUUUGGAAGGCCGCAGUUUGAGCCGUUUCUCACCUCUCUGCAGGAAAUUUACCCCGAGGUUAAAAAAGUUGGAGUUUUCAGUUGUGGUCCUCCAGGAAUGACAAAAAAUGUUGAGAAAGCUUGCCAGAUCCUCAACAAGAGGGACCAGACCCAUUUUACUCAUCAUUUUGAAAACUUCUAGAGUGAAUUACAGUUGUAAACUUGUUUAGUGAAUAAAUAUCAGUAUGAUAUGUUAUAUUUGUUUGUGAUUUCAUUACUAUUUUGGCUAAGUAUAUAGGGAAGGCUACUUUCACAGGUUUCCAUUUUGUCCACAUUUAUUGUCAAUGGGGACAAAACUGUACAGAAUGGAAUGCACCAGAAUACAUUCCGUUCCGUUUGCUUGCGUUCUCAUACCGGACAGAAAAUGGCAGAAAGCUGCCGUUUUCUGUCUCGCAUGGGAUGCGGGCGAAACUGCAUGACACACAAUGCAAUUCAAUGGUACUGGAUCCAUUUUCUUAGACACAACAGAAAAUGUGUCCGGCACCCAUUUACUUACAAUGGUUUUAAUGCCGGAUCUGUCUUGACUAUGUAAAAGAUAAUACAACCAGAUCCUUUCAUAACGGAAACAGCCGGAUGUAUUAUCAGUAACGGAAGCGUUUUUGCUGAACCCUGCUGGGAAUGUAGUGUGCAAGUAGCCUAAAUGUGACAAGUUGUGAUAAAGUAAGCAGGAAUCCAUUAUAAUUUUGUCACCAAAAGUCCACAUACAGUAGUUAAUGGCCCUUAAUGGACUCACUAUGAUAGACUGAACAUUAAUGCAGUAUAUUAAGGAGGGCCUUUAACUUCUCCUGACAUUUCUGUUUUAGUAACUACUUGCAUUUUCUGUAUAAUAACCAGGGGCAUUGCUAGGGUCUCAAAAGAUCUGGGGCCCAAGCACCAAUAAUUAUGGCCCGGUUUUCUAAAUCAACCCUCCCCCCGCACUUCCCUGUACUUGCUAUACAGCAGCACAUACAUGUCACAUCCAGGGCCUCCCAGGUGACGUCUCCUCUUAUGUAGAUCUUCUCUGUCAUCAUCUUCUCCAUUUGGUCUGAACAACUUCUUUCAGC